GUCUCCUCCGUCAAUUUCUUCUUCUUAUAACCUUUUCUUGUCAGAUAUCGUCCAUGGAAGAGGCUGAUUUCGCCGAGAAAGAUCCUUCUGGCCGUUACAUCAGGUAUGAUGAUGUUCUGGGGAGAGGAGCUUUCAAGACUGUAUAUAAGGCGUUUGACGAAGUAGACGGGAUUGAGGUUGCUUGGAACCUAGUUUGCAUUGAAGAUGUAAUGCAGAUGCCUGGUCAACUUGAAAGGCUAUACUCUGAAGUUCAUUUACUAAAAGCUCUAAAACAUGAAAACAUUAUCAAACUCUUUUACUCCUGGGUUGACGAAAAGAACAAGACUAUUAACAUGAUCACUGAGCUUUUCACCUCUGGUAGUCUGAGGGUAUAUCGUAAGAAGCAUAGGAAGGUCGAUCCCAAGGCCAUCAAGAACUGGGCAAGGCAGAUUCUCAAAGGCCUACACUAUUUGCAUUCUCAGAACCCUCCGGUAAUUCACCGGGAUCUAAAGUGUGACAAUAUAUUUGUCAAUGGAAAUACUGGAGAGGUCAAAAUUGGAGAUCUCGGGCUUGCAACUGUACUGCAGCAAUCCACUGCUCGAAGUGUGAUAGGUACUCCUGAAUUCAUGGCGCCUGAGCUGUAUGAAGAGGAAUACAAUGAGCUUGUGGACAUCUAUUCUUUUGGCAUGUGUAUGUUGGAGAUGGUAACCUGUGAAUAUCCAUACAAUGAGUGCAGAAACCAGGCUCAAAUUUAUAAAAAGGUCACCUCGAACAUAAAGCCUCAGUCUCUCGGUAAAGUUGAUGAUCCUCAAGUUAAGCAAUUCAUAGAGAAAUGUCUUCUUCCUGCCUCUUCUAGACCAACUGCCCUUGAGCUCUCAAAGGACCCAUUCCUUGCAAGAGAUGGAGGCAAGGACUCUGCUCUACUUGCUUCAUCAAGCACAUCAUCUAAACCUGUGAAACCACCACAGCUUGAACAUCUUCCCAUGGAUGUGGAUCAUAACGAGAAUAAAAGUGUUUCAAGCAACGAAGACUACCCAUGGUGCCAAACCAUUGAACUUCAGAGGAUUGCAGAGAAUAAAGAGUUCAGGUUGAGAGGAGAGAGGAGCGAUGAUGUCACAGCGUCAAUGGUUCUGCGUAUCGCUGACCCGUCUGGUAAAUGUAGAAUCGUACACUUUGCAUUCUAUCUGGAUUCAGACACAGCAACAGCAAUCGCUGAGGAAAUGGUUGAGGAACUGCAUUUAACUAGCCAAGAGGUUAUUGUGAUAGCUGAUAUGAUUGAUGACUUGAUAAUGCAACUUCACUCUGACCGGACCUCGUCGCAUCAUAAUCAAAACUCUCCACGUCUAACCAAUGAUGAGGAUCAUGAAGCAGCAAAUCAGAAAACUGUGAACUCGAAAGAUGAAGAAGCGGCAGGACAAUCAAUGAAGUCAGACAUAUCAGCAGACUACUACUUUCCCUACUCCUCAAACAACGGAAAUGCUGCCACGGAAGCUGGUCCAGAUGCAGAGUCGAUGAGCUCGUAUCUGGAUUCUUGCUCAAUGAUGUCAACCAUCUACAAUCUUUCCAUUUCAGACAAUGAUUACCCAGAAGAUCUCAAGACAGAACUAAACCUGAUCGAGUCACAGUUUAACCAGUCCUUCCAAGAUCUGCUGAAACUGAAAGAGGAUGCUAUAGAGAACGCAAAGCGAAAAUGGAUUACGAAAAAGCAAAAAGCAGUGAUCAGCUCCUAAUUCAGAAGUUCUGUUUUUGAUUUUUUACUCUCCUUUUGGUCUUCUCUUCCCUGAGAUCGGUGUGAUAUACAUUUGGU